AGUUUUGGAAAUAAAUAAUAAAAGCCCUUAGGACCGAUUCGUUAUUUCUUCGCUCUCUCUUUCUCUCUGUGUCUCGUACUCGAGUAGGUCUCAGGUAAGGAGUUCUUCUUUCAGUUCCUUUAAUCCUUGUUAAAGUUUCGAUUUCUCUUUACAUUUUCAAUCGAAUUCGCUUCUAUUGGGUUGAAGGUUUAGGUUUUUAGGUUUCGGAGUCUUUUUGUGAUUCGAGAGAUUGACUCUGAAUGGUUUUUACCUUUUGAGUUUUUGUAGUUCGAAGAGCGACCAAACUGAUUUCAGAUCUCAAUUGUUUCUGCAGUUACGUAAAGGAUCGAGCUUAAAAGAUGAGUGGAGUUGAAGAGAAAGUUUCUGGAACGACAAAGACACCUGCAGAUUUCCUCAAAUCCAUCCGUGGGAGACCCGUUGUUGUCAAGCUCAAUUCUGGUGUUGAUUAUCGAGGCACUCUUACUUGUCUUGAUGGAUAUAUGAACAUAGCAAUGGAGCAGACGGAGGAGUAUGUAAACGGGCAGCUCAAGAACAAAUAUGGUGACGCCUUUAUCCGUGGAAACAACGUUCUUUACAUCAGUACAGUAAACAUGACUGUAGCAGACGGAGCCUAGGCCCAUCAUGAUCAUCAACAACAACAACAGUGGUCAUGUUAUGGCUGCCAUUUUUGUUGUCUUCUUCUACCUCAUAUUAAAAGAGUAGUAGACAUGUACCAAGAUUGUCAUCCUAUGUUCUUCAGUAGAUUUUUGGGAUACAGACAUCACUUUUUUCUUAGUAAUAUGAUACUCUUCCAUGUGACCCCAGAUAAAGAAGAAAAAUUAUUAAUUUAUGGCUUGAUACAAUCAUACAAGCAAAC